AUUUACGACGACAAACGUGGCAUUGUCUCGGCAACGAAAAUCAAGAUAGUCGACAAGAAAUGGAAGAAUUCGAACAAGACUCGUUGCGUGCUUUGAUGCCUCCGCCGCCGCCAAUUUUCACAACGCAACGCGGCACCCACGCGACGCAUCAUCACGAAACCUUCGAAAUGCCGAAUUUGAUGGAUGAGCAAUUCGAGCCCGGGGAAAAUAUGAGUUUCACCCAAAGUCCGAGUCCCAAAAGGGUUUGCAAUCGCAUUCAAACGCCCGUAAUUUUCCGCAGAAGGCUCUCGGCAAUAAUUGAGGGAGUUCCGUCGCCCGAUGUUGGCAAAAUUAUAACAACUUGUGAGAAAUGCAAAAUACUCGAGGAGGAAUUGAAAGAAUUGUCGGAUUACACGAAACUCGAACAAAUGUAUCACGUACAUGACGAAAAUGAUCGACACAGCUGCGAAGAUGUCAUAGAGAACUUGAGAGCAGACUUGGAAGAGGCGAAACGAAUUUUGGAUUCAAAUACCGACGAAAUCGACACUCUCAAAGGUACGUUGGAGCAAAAAAACGAAGCCCUAACGACAAUUUCUCGCGAAAAAAGUGAAGCUUUGAAGGAAAAAGAAGUCGCUGAGAGCCAAUUAGGCGGCGUCGAGUACGAACUUGAAGCUUUAAAGGCGAAAUUCGAAAGUCGCGAACGAGAACUCCUCAGUUUGUUGGGCGAAAGACCUCCGCAAGUCAAUUUAGGGCUAAAAGAGAGCAAUGUCGAGCUUUCGCAAAAAAUAGAGGAAAUCCAAAUGCUGCAAAAGGAACUCGAAGAGACCAAAAGUGACAUGAAAGAGCUCAAGGCGAAACAUAAAACGCUCCAAACGGAAUACGACGAAACUUCGAUGCAGCUCGUCGAGGCGUUGCAAGAUUACGACGCCCUAAAAGCCGAGCACGAAAAGGCCGACAGCGAAGAAAACGCCUUGAAAAGCAUGUUGAACGAGAGUAAAGCCAAAAAUGACGAACUCCAAGAGCAACUCGAGCGCGAAACGAAGCAAAUUGAAAUUUUCAAGCAGGAAUUGGACGAGUUACGAGGCACAGUGGAGAAAUUAGUCCCGAUGGUAGCUGCCAAAGAGGAGCUUGACACACUUUAUCAAGACUUGCUGAAGAAAAAUGCGGAAUUGGAGGAAAAUCUGGGCUCGAAAGAUCGUCAAAUUGAAGUUUUGGAACAAAAUUUGAACGAAACUCGCGCGAAUCUGGUGAAAAAUUUGAGUGAAAUGGCGGAAAAUGACAUUUCUGAGAUGAAAAUCAAGAUUGACGAGCUUGAAAAGGAAAAUUUAAGUGCCAAAAAGGACUUGAGUGAGAAGGAAAAUGAAAAUUCAGAGCUUUUGAAGAAAAUUUCCGAACUUGAGACGAAAAUUCAAAGCAUUGAGAAAGAAAAAGAAGAGAUUUCAACGGAAUUGAAGAGUAUGGAGGACGUAAAAUCGCGUUUUGACGAAGUUACGGAAGAAUUGAAGUCAAAAAAUUCAAGUUUCGAGGCUCAAGUCAAAGAAUUUUCGGAAAAAUUGUCGACUUUGGAGUCAGAAAAAGAGGAUUUAAUGAAAAAUUUCGAAGAUUUGAAGGGAGAAAAGGAAGUUUUGACGCAGGAAAUUCAAAAAAUUACAGAAAAUACGGAAAAAAGUGAACGAGAAGCUGAGUUGCAAGAAAAAAUUCAAGAUUUAGAACAAAAAUCUAACGAAGCAAAACAAAAAAUUGAAGAACUUGAGGCCCUGGUUCAAGAUUUCGAGCAAAAAUCGACAGUUGCUGCCCAAAAAAUUCAAGAAUUAACAGAAUUUGAGCAAAAAUCGCACGACUCAAACCAAAUAAUUGAAGAUUUAAAGACAAAAAUUAAAGAAUUUGAACAAAAUUCAUCAGAAGCUGUCAAAAAAAUUGAAGAAUUAGAAGCUAAAAUUAAAGAGUUUGAAGAAAAGUCAUACGAAACUUCAGAAAAUCUCGAAGAAUCAACUGAGAAAAGUCAAAAAAUUGAAGAACUCGAGGCUGAAAUCGAAGAUUUGAAACAAAAAUUGACAGAAGCUGUCCAAAAAAUUGAAGAACUUAACGAAUUCGAGCAAAAAUCAAACACUUCAGAGCAAAAAAUUAAAGAAUUAGAGACUGAAAUUCAAGAUUUUAUUAAAAAAUCGAUCGAAGCUGCCGAAAAAAUUGAAAAAUUGGAGGCAGAAAUUAAAGAAUUCGAAAAAAAUGUCGAAGAUGUCGAAGAAUUUCAGCAAAAAUGUCACGAUUCAGAACAAAAAAUUAUCGAACUCGAAGCCAAAAUUAAAGAAUUUGAGCAAAACUCGUCAGAAUCCUCACAAAAUAUCGAAGAAUUAGAAGCUUUGGUUGAAAAAUUAACAACUGAGAAGGAAACUUUUGAAAUUGAGAAGCAAGAAUUCUUAUCUCAGAUCGAAACUUUGAAAAAUAAAUUGUCCUCAAGUGACGACGAGUCAUCCAAUCAAAUUUCGGACCUCCAAGAAAAAAUUCGCGACCUUGAAAUAAAAAUCCAAGACUCCGAGGAUCAAAUUUUUGUCUUGAAAACCGAAAAAGACGCGAUUUUAACGGAAAAAUCUGAAGCUCAGAAGAAUCUUGAUGCAUUGAAAGCUGAAAUGGUCUCGAAUGACGACGAAAGUUCAGGUCUCAUCUCCGAACUGACGCAAGAAAUUCGCAAUUUGGAAGCCAAAUGUCAAGAAUUGUCCGAAAAAUCAUCAGAAAUUGACAAUUUAAGGGACUUGCUAAAGGAGACACAAGACAAAUUCGAGCUAAUUUCUUCAGAAAAAUCAAUUUUAGAGCAAGAAAAGGCAGAAAUCGAGCAAAAAUUGUCCUCCGAGAAAGAAAUCCUCGCCAAAGAAGUUGAAAACUUGAAAUCCCAAGCAGCUGAAAACGACAAAUCCAGCUUAAUUUCCGACCUAAACUCGAAAAUUAAGGAUUUGGAAGCGAAAUGUCAAAGUAUGCACGCAAAAUCCUUGGAAUCUGCCUCUUUGAAGCAAACUUUGAACGAAGUUGAGGACCAAAUGAGGGAAUUAACGCACGAAAAAGAGACUUUGGAGCGUCAAAAUGCUGAAAUUCAACAAGAAAUUGCUUCGGUUAAGGAAGAAAAGGAACUUUUGGAACAAGAACUCGAGAAAUUACAGUCGGAAAUGUCCGAAAAUGGCAGCGAAUCAUCCAACAUCAUCUCGGAUUUGAAAGAAAAUCUUCAAGAACUCGAAAAUAAGUGUCGUGUUUUGGAAGAAAAGGCUUCGGAACGUGAAAAAUCUUUUGAAAGCACGAUUUCUGAGCUAAAAACGCAAAUUUCGGCAUUAGAAUCGAACCUUGAGGAAAAAAUUUCGGAAGUUACAAGCUUAGAAGCGACUUUGAAAGAGAUGGAAACCCAAGUCGAAUCAUUUUCAACAGAAAAAGAAGCAAUUUUAGACGAAAAGGAGCAACUUUUGUCCCAAAUUUCAUCGUUAAAGACUGAAAAGUCACUCAGUGACACGGAAUCUGCUGCUUUGAUCUCAGAUUUGAAAGAAAAAGUUCAAGCUUUGGAAGAAAAAUGCCAAAAUUUGAGCGAAAAAGAUUCGGAUUCUGCUUUAUUAGGCUCGAAAUUGGAAGAAAAUGAGCAAAAAAUUAAAGAAUUAACGAGCGAAAAGGAAAUUUUAGUCAAAAAUUUAGAGGAAAUUAGUGAAAAAUUGUCCAAAAUUGAAAAUGAGAAGCAGGAAAUCGCCAAUAAACUCACUGAACAGACUGAAAAAGUUGAAUCGCUGCAACAGGAGCUCUUGGAGUCCAUCGAUAAACUAAGGGAAGAAGAAUUAAAUGUCUCAAAAUUAAAAAAUCAACUUUUAACUGAAGGAGAAAGUCAUCAAAAGACCAUUUCCGAGUCUCAAACCGCCAUAGAAGCCUUAAAAUCUGAAAUUUCUGAAUUAAAAUCAUUCCAUGGGCAAGCUUCAACCGAGCUUACUUCCGAAAAUGCCAAAAUUAAGACUGAAAAUGCCGAAUUAACGAUGAAAUUGGCGACUUGCGAAGAAAAACUCGCCUUUUUAGGUCAACAACUCUCCCAGAUGGAAGCGAAAUAUCAAGAAGCAGCGUCAGAAUCCGCCGAUUUGCAGUCAAAAAUGCAACAAGCCGCCACAGAAUUCAAUAAAAUGCGCGAAAAUUUGUCCCUUAAAGAGCAACAACUUCACGAAGUCGCCUCGAAACUCACGAAACUCGAAGCGGCGCACGAACAACACACAAAAGACAUGUUCGAGCUUGACGAUUUGCGGAAACGAACUGCCAAAGAUCGCAGAAGUCGGCGUCAAAGUGCGCAUGAUGAGCUUAGACCGCUUGUUAGAUCCAUCAAAGCGAUCGCGUGUCAAACCGAGCCAACAGACGAGAGUUGUCAGUGUCGAGUUUUAAAUGAAAAACUUGAAAAACUCAAAUUGGACUUGAUUAAAGCGAAGGUGACAGUCGAUCAUUACAGACUCGGAAAUGAUCAAAAGGUUGGCGAUAUUCGGGAGGAAAAGGAAAAAGUUGAGGCGAAACUGAAAGAAGCCCUGAACGAAGUGACGCGAUUGCAUCAAGAAGGAGCACGAAUUAGGAAGGAACGAGAAACGUUGAGGGAAAAAUUGGUGCAAAUGAAUGAGGAAUUCAGAAGGGUACAAGAUAAGAACAGGUCAGCGAUGAGUUGUAAAGAUACUCAAACGGAGAUGCAGAUGCCUUUUGCGUGCAAUAUGAAUUCGGAUGCUGUUUCGUUGGAACAAAAGCUCUACAUCAAAAAACUCGAAGACGAUUUAGCUCAAAACAACAAAAAAUAUCAAGAAGCAAAGAAAAUCGCUCAAGAACGUCGUGACAGAAUCAAAGAACUUGAAAACGCCCUCAGAACUCGUUCACCCGAAGGAGGCAAGGAAAACACUUCGAACAAUCCUCAAGUGAACCAAUUAAUGUCCGAAAACUUCCAACUAAAAAAAGAAAAUGGCGAAUUAAUUCAGCAAUAUCAGCAUUACAAGUCGUUGUAUCAAACGAAAGCUGCUGCCCUUCACAAUUCCAACAAAAAUCCCGAAGAUGUCUCAGUUUACGAGAAAAAAUACCGCAAGGCGUGCGAAUUUCUGAACGUCGCCAAGAAAAGUGCGGAAGAAUACAAGAAAAAAUGCAUCAGCAUCGCGGCGGAAAGACACGCGCUUGGCACGGCGCUAAGUCGUUUCGAUAAAUAUCACAAAAUGCCGCAACUUUCCGACUUGGAUCCCAUGUAUCAAAAGGGUUUUGAGGACUGGAAGAAGGAAAAUCCGGAUUUUGUCCAUAGAUAUAAGUUAGAAACGUAGAAAAAUCACAAAAAAAAUUUUUUUGACGUCUCACUCAAUUUUUUUUUUUGUAAAAAUUAAUUAAUCCGAGUGCAAAUAUCGUAAAAUAGUGUAAAAAAAUAUUAUUAGA